GAUGAUACAUUUGUUCUCCAGAGCCUCGGCGAGCAGUCCAAGUCCGAGGGGGUCGGCGAGCUGCGCACGGAGCAGGAGUACAGCACAUAUUCGGCCGGGCAAAUAUGGUCUCAACUACCUCGCCGUCUCUGGCGCACAUGUCCCGCGCGCAAGUUCUGCUGGUGGCGUGCGGCGUCAGCUUAGCCUUCCUCGCCGUGCUGCUCCUCCGUCAGCUCAUCAAGCAGAGGAGACCCCCGGGAUUCCCCCCCGGGCCUUCCCCCAUCCCUGUCAUAGGGAACAUUAUGUCUCUGGUCACCGAGCCGCACGUUUUCCUCAAGAAGCAGAGUGAAGUUCACGGACAGAUUUUCAGUCUGGACCUCGGAGGCAUAUUGACUGUGGUGCUGAAUGGCUACGACUGUCUCAGGGAAUGCCUUUACCAUCAGAGUGAGGUCUUUGCUGACCGGCCAUCCUUGCCUCUCUUCAAGAAAAUGACCAAAAUGGGUGGUCUUCUCAAUUGCAAAUAUGGCAAAAGCUGGAUCGAACACCGCAAACUGGCGUGCAAUUCGUUCAGGUACUUCGGAAGUAAUCAGAGGCUCUUUGAGAGGAAGAUCUCGGAGGAGUGCAUGUUCUUCGUGGACGCCAUCGACGAGCACAAAGGCAAAGCCUUCAAUCCCAAACACCUGGUGACCAACGCCGUGUCCAACAUCACCAACCUGAUCAUAUUCGGCCAGCGCUUCACCUACGAUGACAGCAACUUUCAGCACAUGAUCGAAAUCUUUAGCGAGAACGUGGAACUGGCGGUGAGCAGCUGGGCCUUCCUCUACAACGCCUUCCCUUGGAUCGAGUAUGUGCCCUUCGGGAAGCACCAGAAGCUCUUCCGCAAUGCCGCCGAGGUCUACGACUUCCUACAACAGGUCAUUGAGAGCUUUUCCCAAGGCCGGGUGCCACAUAUACCUCGGCACUACGUCGACGCCUACUUGGAUGAGUUGGAGCAGAAUGUGGGCAACCCUGGUUCGUCAUUCUCCUAUGAGAACCUCAUCUACUCAGUGGGGGAGCUAAUCAUCGCGGGCACCGAGACCACCACCAAUACCCUGCGCUGGGCCAUGCUUUACAUGGCCCUGUACCCCAACAUACAAGAGAGGGUGCACAGGGAGAUUGACAGUGUGUUGCCAAACGGGCGGGCGCCCUCUUUAGAGGACAAACAGAAGAUGCCCUUUGUGGAAGCUGUCCUGCAUGAGAUCCUGCGUUUCUGCAACAUCGUCCCCCUGGGCAUUUUCCGCGCCACGUCACAGGAGGCCCACGUCAAUGGCUACACCAUUCCCAAAGGCACCAUGGUGAUCACCAACCUGUAUUCCGUGCACUUUGAUGAGAAGUACUGGACGGAUCCGGGCGUGUUCUCACCACAGAGGUUCCUGGACAGCAAUGGUAACUUCGUGAGACGUGAAGCCUUCCUGCCAUUCUCGCUGGGGAGGCGUCAAUGUCUUGGUGAGCAACUGGCCAGGAUGGAAAUGUUUCUCUUUUUUACCACUUUGCUCCAGAGAUUCCACCUUCAGUUCCCACCAGGAAGCAUUCCCACAGUAGCGCCCAAACUGGGCAUGACCUUGCAACCCAAGCCUUACUCCAUCUGCGCCAUCCGCAGGCAGCACAAAGACACUCCUUAUCACAAUUAGGCAUCAACCACUCAAGUUCCUGUUCAACUAGAUUGGAUUUUCAUAUAGCGAUCGACUCCGCAAAAUAUAGGUGCUUAAGAAAGCCACCCAGAAUUGUAGUGGUGCAUCUUUUGGGAACUCCCACUUGUGGACGCGUGAUCAUCCAUGUAAUUGGGCAAUAUGCGUAUUUGCACAAUAGGCACAAAGCUGUGCAAUGCAGACUUUCGAGACAGAUGUACAUUAUCGAUCGAGUUCUGCGUAGCGAAGGACACGAAAUGUCUCUGAACCUCGGCGAGCCGGGAAUGUGUUAGGUAUACGUCAAUGAUUGAUACUAAGUACACUGGUGCUGGUUCACAGUCAGGUCAGACAAAUGACUCCUGUCAUUUGGAGCUGCGGGCACAACCGAGACUUUCCAAGAACAUUCGCACGCUUAGGCUGGACAUGGGCUGGCUUUACAUCAUCUGAACUGAGUUUGACACCACCUCCUGGGAGAGUGCUUUUGGGAAAAGCUUUCUCCUGG